AUGUUUGACAUAGCUUCCCCAUCAUCACCUUCUUCCAUGAAAUAUGAUGUGUUUCUGAAUUUCAGAGGAGAGGACACCCGCAAUUCCUUCAUCAGCCAUCUCUAUACUGCCUUGUGCUGCAGAGAUAUUGAGACAUACAUUGAUUAUAAGCUCCCAAAAGGUGAUGACAUCUCCCAAUCACUCAUUGAAGCAAUUCAGAAUUCAUCCAUCUCUGUGGUGGUCAUCUCUAAAGACUAUGCCUCCUCCAAAUGGUGUUUGAAUGAGCUCCUUGAGAUCCUUCGCUGCAAACGACAGCAGGCACAGAUUGUUGUUCCUAUCUUCUACGAAAUCAACCCAUCUGAUGUACGCAAACAAAGGGGAGCUUAUGAGAAAGCAUUCGCAGAACAUUUGGAGAAAAACUUAGAGAAGGUGGAGGAGUGGAGACAAGCACUUUUUGAUAUUGCAAAUCUAGCAGGAUGGGACUCCCGCAACUACAGGGAUGACGAAGAACUCAUUCAAAAUAUUGUCACGAACAUUCAAAAUAUUGUCAGAGACAUCAACAAAAAACUGAACCGUGGGUCCCCAACAACUAUUGUCGGAAUUGAUGAGAAUUUGAAUCAUAUUGAGUCAUUGCUAGAAAAAUUCUCAACAAUAGGGAUAUGGGGGAUGGGCGGAAUAGGCAAAACAACAAUGGCUGAGGCUGUAUUUGUCAAGCUCCGCUCUCAAUUUGAUAGUUGCUGCUUCUUGAGAAAUUUUACGGAAAACUAUGAAAAGCAUGGGUUAGUAUAUGUACGUGAUGAACUUUUCCGAGAACUAUUAAAGAAUACAUCUCUUGGAAGGCUCAAUCGUAAAAAAGUUUUGAUUGUACUUGAUGAUGUUAGCAACACAAAGCAGUUUGAUGAGUUGAAAAGUAAAACUCCUCCUUUGGGACAUGGUAGUAAAGUCAUCAUAACAAGUAGAGAUAAGCAUGUACUUAAAGGAAUUAGAGUUGAUGACAUACAUGAGGCCAAGGCAUUGAGUGACAAAAGUUCACUUGAACUUUUCAACCUCAAUGCAUUUCCCGAAGAUAGUUAUAAGAGUGAAUAUGAAGAACUAGUUAAAAGAGCACUUGCUUAUGCCAAAGGCAUCCCGUUGGCCUUAACCGUUUUGGGUUCGCUUCUACAGUUCAGACCUGUAGAUCAAUGGGAAAGUGCGUUGGGAAAAUUAGAAAGGAUGGCCAAUGAAGAUAUUCAAGAAGUGUUAAAAUUGAGCUACAAUAGACUUGAUGACGAAGUGAAGGAGAUAUUUUUAGACAUUGCUUGUUUUUUUAAAGGGAGAUCUGGACAAUAUGUAGAAGCAAUGCUAAAGAGCUUUGGCUUUGGCGCAAGCAUUGGUUUGGGAAUUCUUGUGGAAAGGGCGUUGAUAAGUCUUAGUCAUGGUGCGGGAAGUGAUGCAAUUCAAGGCAUAAGUUUAGAUUUGUCUCGAAUCGAAAAAUUACAAUUGAGUGCUGACCCCUUUAGAAAGAUGACAAAUUUAAGGUUUCUGGAACUCUAUUCCCUCAAUCAUGAAAGAUCGUGUAUUCUGAAUCUUCCAUCAGGGCUUGAAUCAUUUCCCAAUUCGUUAAGGCAUCUUCGGUGGGACAAUUUUCCUUUAGUGUCUUUCCCAUUGUCAUUUUGUGCCGAGAAGCUAGUUGAACUUCACAUGCCCCGUAGCUACCUUCGAAAACUAUGGGAUGGCAAGCAGGACUUGGUGAAUUUAAGGAAUAUCAACCUUCGGGAAUCUAUAAAAUUGAUAGAGUUGCCAGAUUUGUCAGCCGCUGAAAGACUCGAAUGGGUUGAUCUUUUCGCAUGUGAAAGUUUAUGCCAUCUUCAUCCAUCCAUUUUAUCUCUUCCGAGAUUAGAGUUUGUGGAUCUUGGGAUGUGCAAAAACCUAAAGAGUUUGGUUACAGAGAGUCAAUCAAAAUCGCUCUCAAAACUAAAUCCAUUUUCCAAGUGUCUACCAUUGUCAUUUUGUGCAGAGAAACUAGUCAAACUUCUCAUGCAAGGUAGCAACCUUGACAAACCAUGGGAUGGCAUGCAGAACUUUGUGAACCUAAGGGAGAUAAACCUCUAUGGGUGCAACCAAUUGAUAGAGUUGCCAGAUUUGUCAACGGCCCAAAAUCUUGAACAGGUUGAUCUGACACGUUGUGAAAGUUUACGACAUCUUCAUCCAUCAAUUUUAUCUCUCCCAAGAUUGAUAGAUCUGACGCUUAGGGGCUGCCGAAACCUAAAAAGUUUGAAAUGUGAGAGUCAAUCAAAAUCUCUCUUAUACCUAGAUGUCGAUGGUUGCUCUAGUCUCAAGGAACUUUCAUUCUCUUCAGACAAAAUGGAGGAUUUAGAUUUAUACGGAACAUGUGUCGAGAUAUUGGACUUUUCAAUUGGGCCUAUGGAGAAACUCGAGACGCUCUAUGUCCACGGCUCAACAUUAAAGAAUCUUCCAAUCAAUGACAUCUGUUACAUGAGAUCUCUCCAGGUGCUUCGUCUUUAUGAUUGUGGGGGAGGAAUAAUUGAUAAGUCAAAGCUCCAUGUCUUAUUUGAUGCUUUGUUAUCUCUACAAACAAUUGAUUUGAGCGGGACCUGCAAUUUGACUGAACUUCCAAACAAUAUCAAGCAUCUCCCAAGGCUAUACCAUCUUAAUGUAAGCGCUUCAUUGUCGACGGAUGAAAUAACGCCGGGUUCAACAUUCUGUUCCUCGGUUAGCUGUCCCAAAAAUCUUAGAAUUCUUAUUCUUAAUGAUUGUGAACAAUUGCAUGAACUCCCGGCUGGCAUCAAGCAUCUUUCAAAUCUAGAAGAAAUUAACUUGAGCAAUUGUAGAAGACUUCGUUCUCUGCCAGGUGAAAUAACGCCGGGUUCAACAUUCUGUUCCUCGGUUAGCUAUCUCAAAAAUCUUGAACGACUUAUUCUUAAUGGUUGUGAACAAUUGUAUGAACUCCCUGCUGGCAUCAAGCAUCUUUCAAAUCUACAAGAAAUUGACUUGAGCAAUUGUAGAAGACUUCGUUCUCUGCCAGAGCUACCACCGUUCCUUGAAAAAAUUUAUGGCAAAGGUUGCAUAUCAGUGGAAACGUAUGCUAUGGAAAGUGCUUAUUCCUCAUUGAGCCGACUAGUGUACGCACGAAAAAGAGGUUACAUUUGCUACUCCGGAAGAAAAGCUCCACAGUGGUUUACAUUGAAUCGGGUAGCAGAGGCCUCCAAAAAUAUAACUAUUGAGCUUCCUUUCCCCACCAGCGACCUAAUUGGCUUCAUUUUGUGGUCUGUUCUUCAACGCACUUCCACCAACUUUUUAUGCGAACUGUAUGUUGGUGAUGAUUUGGGGCCAUGGAUCUCAAGUAGCUUUAGCGGAAAAAUGACAAAUUUAGAUUCACAUCAAGUUCUUCUGUGGAAUCUACCUUGCACAUUCAUCGGCUUCCAUAACAAGAUGGACGAUAAAAACACCAAUUAUAGAUCAAAGGUGCUAUUUAAAUUCCGUCUUGAUGCAGAUAGUGGGGAUGCUGAUGAUAUGAUUGAAGAAUAUGGAGUCUUGCCAAUAUAUGCCUCGAAAUAUCGCAACUUCAUUCAAGAAAUGGAAUUGUUGCAGUCAAACUUGGGUACCCAAAAAGAGACUUGUGCUGAUGAGAAUUCAUUUCAUGGAAUCCCAAAAUAUGCUACUUUCUCCUUGAAUCAAGGAGAAGGUGGCAAUUUUGAAGGAAGUAUUAUUCCAGAAUGGUUUACUUAUAAAAGUUCAAUGAUAAAGUAUGAAUUUUCAGAAGUCUCGAUCAGUGUUCGGUUUGCUCUGGAUUUUGACAACUUAAAGGGUUUCAUUUUCUGCUUUGUUAUACCCCAGUUCUCCUCAAAAGAAAGGCACGAAUGUCACUCGUCAUGUUCUUUCUCUUUACAUGACCUGAGUGUAUCGUCUGAUAGGAGUUGGAUGUAUGGUAACUAUUUGAAUGGUCCAUUAGGAUGGCACUAUUCAAUGGUAAAAUUGAAUUCAGAUAAUGUUUUUCUAUGGUACGAUCCCCUCUACAGUGAACUUAUACUACAGAAACUCCAAAAAAAGGGGAAAGGUCAUGAUGAGGAGCUUGAAUUUAAAUUUCAUUUUGGCAAUUAUUAUACCAAUGAUUGCAAUUCUAAAGAGCGCAACUGCUGGAUCAAAGAAUGUGGAGUUCGCCCAAUAUAUGCCUCAGAGUACACGAACUUCUUUCUUCAACAACAAAAUCGAAAGGAGGUGUGA